GGCAAGUUCAGUCGUCUACCGCGUGCCGACCCGCGAGCAUCGGUGCAACCACCCUCCCUUAGCGAACUUCUCGUUUCCCUCGUUUCGUUCACCGCCGUGCGCGAGGGGCUCGAAGCCGGUCACGUGUCCCCCACCCUUUCGCACGCUCGAACGCGAGUGCAACCAUGCAAGAGACGGGUCUUCUUCUGCAAAUUAAAAAAAUUUAAAUGUGAGGUGAAUAUGACCCUCGAACGUUGGAUCUGUCGUAUGAUUCUUGCGUACGCACAGACGAUCGGGAUCUCUUCUAUCUCCGUUUGAUCGAAGGCCAGGUCGAUCUUUCUCGAUGCAUGUUUCACUGACGUAACAUACCUCGAUGCAUCGCGGAUGUUCGUUAAAAUUAUAGAAAAUAUCCAAUGAUACUUGACAAUGAUCACCGGCUAUGAAGCCAAGAUCAUUCGUGGUUAACAAGCGCGACACUAAUGAAACGUGUCAGCGUAGAAUACAAAGUUCGUUGUGCCUAAUUUCUUCGAGUGGCAUGAAAUAAAAAGACCGGUUUAAGUGAAAUGUGAGGUAACGAUGGAGCUGAGGAUCAGUAUUCUUCUUUUAACGCUUCUUCGUCUUGCCAGCACGCUCGAAAGUACGAAGGAGGAGGAUGACGCCGAGGAGGAUGACGAGGAGAAUUAUCCUGUCGAAGAUUACGACUACGGUGACUACGAGACCGCGACUAUAACCAGCGAUACCGAUCUCAUCGUUGGCGGUUCCCUGCCGAUUUUCUUGGCGGAGCCCGUCGACACGUUUGUCGUUAAAGGGAAACCGGCGACGUUGCAUUGUCGCGCCGCGCACGCACUUCAGGUGUAUUUUCGCUGCAACGGUGACCGGGCCGAGCAUUCGCAGCAGCAGGAUUUCGUCGACCCUCGUACCGGAACGAGGGUCGUCGAGGUCGAGUUGAACGUGACGAGAAACGAGGUCGAGGAGUACUUCGGGAGGGAGAGAUUCAAGUGCGAGUGCGUGGCAUGGUCGGGACCAGGUCAAAUUCGGGGCCAGCCCGCUACGGUUGAGGUCGCCUAUCUGAAGAAGCACUUCCUGUCACCGCCGUAUUCCCUGUCGGUGGAAGCCGGCCGCAAUGCGGAACUGCGAUGCUCGCCGCCUUUGGGUGUACCAUCACCAAAGGUUUAUUGGCUUAGGAAUGGCUCUCCUCUUGAGACGGCCGCCGCUGGCGCAGCUUCCGCCACCGCCGACGCGAACCCCAACGAGAUGUCCUCCGCGACCGGCUUUGUACAAUCCGCCGACGGGCAUCUGCUCCUCGGGGAGGCCGAAUUGAGGCAUCAAGGGAACUAUUCCUGCGUCGCUGAGAACAUCGCCGCGAGGAGAGUCAGCGAACCGGCGGUGCUCACCGUCUACGUGAACGGCGGGUGGUCGUCCUGGUCCGGAUGGUCGGAGUGUAGCGCUCGCUGUGGUAGAGGCGUACAAAAGAGGACAAGAACAUGUACGAAUCCUGUUCCAAUCAACGGCGGUCAAACGUGCCCAGGGCCAGCUACACAAAGGGUAGAAUGCAAUCCUUCCUGCCCCGCGGUCGACGGCAGAUGGUCAACUUGGUCCUCGUGGUCCGCAUGCGGUCCCGAUUGUUCGAGAGUAAGGAGGCGAUCCUGCAAUGACCCCCCGCCGAGCAACGGCGGUCGUCCCUGUCAAGGCAAGGACGUCAUCGUCGAGUCCUGCUCCGCGGAUCGAUGUAAUGCGCUCGGGCAAGAUGGGCCAAGAGUACUCAAGGAAGCGACUCGGGCGGUCGAUUACAGAAAUAUCCUCGCAUUGUGGAUCACUUUGAGUUUAGCCGCGAUAAUUCUGGCCGUAACAACGAUUUUCUUCGUUCGCUUGAUGCGCCGGAAAGAGAGAAUGGAAGCGUUGUACGGCGUGGCGAGAUUGGACUUUCGUCGUCCGGGUGAUCUCGCAAAAUCGGUCGUUUCUAAGAACGAGCGCUCGGUUUUAGCUAACGACAGGCGUCUCGAGCAUGUGAUAGACGAAUCGAACGCCGCCAGACUACCCAGAUCCUGUUCCGAGCAUCAUUAUGACGUUCCGCAAUUGUCAUUACCGUCGACAACGAGACCAUCGCCGAGCUCCUCCGUAACUAGGUCUUCUUGCAAGAACUCGCAACGAGGACGCGGCAUGUCGGAUAAUGAGGAGGGACGGUCUUCUCGCUCGACGUAUCAAGCGAAUCCAGAGAGCACAAACGAGGACGACGACGAACAGGACGAUGAUGAAAGACCGGACGAGAACGAACGAUCCACGACGGAUGACGGUAGUGGCUUCAUCGUGAGAGCCAUAAUUGACGAGCAAGGCGCCCUUCUGGUCGUACCCGAGGUGGGCGUUUCAAUGUCGGUGCCGGAAGGUGCGAUCCCGCGCGGUCGCCGGCACAGUCUGCAUCUCGCCGUGCUCGGCGAAAAUUCCUUCAGACCGAAUCUCCCGCCCGGAUUCACGCUGCUGUCCGCCGUGGUGGCCUGCGGUCCGGCGAGCGUCGAUCUCGCGAAGCCGGUGAUCCUUCAGUUCGAGCACUGCGCCGAGCUGAGAACCGGAAACUGGGAGAUGAGUCUGUGGUCGACGGAGAUCGACCUGGAGACACGUUCAAACAACUCCACGAGUUCGUCGGCGAGCUCGAACGGCUCGCCGUCCGCGACGACGUGGCGCAAGGUGUUGAUGCUCGGCGGCGACCCGACGAAUCUACCCGGUCAACCGUUCGCGCAGCUCGAUCACGCUGGGGUGUUUCUCGUCACGGAGACACCCAGCGUUUACGCGGUGGCGGGAGAAAAUUCAGUGGUCGCGCCUGGACUGGCCGUGAAACGGCUCUGCGUCGCGGUUUUUGCGUCUCGCGAACGCGAUCACAUCAGAUGCCACGUACUCGAGGACACCAAAGCGUCGUUUAAGCUCGUAAGCGAACGAGAACGACGCUUGGGUAGCAUUUACAUCGAUCACAGUACUCUCGGAUUUCGCGCUAGCGGCACAGCACUUCGCGUCGAUCUCGAAGAUAGAGAGAGCGGUUUUGCCGAGCGGCAGGAAGUACCUUACCGGCGCGUCUGGGCAUCCUCGAGGAUUAGCAUCCGGCGUUCCUUUAGGAUAGAAAAAGUUGUCGGCGACCUCAGGCUCGGCUUUGAGCUUCGAGCUUGUCAACGUGGUUUCGAGGAUCAAGGCUUGCUUCUCAGGAUCGAUCUCGAUCUUGUAAAAAGGAGUAACAUGAGCGGAAAGAGAAAUGGUAACAAGACGGAGUCCUCUGUUGUUCUACGAGGGAAAAAUUCAGCGAGGUCCACGGAAUCCGUCAUACCGAGACCCUUCAGAUUUUCUAAGACGCUUAGAAAGCAGUUAUGCCAAUGUCUAGAUCCGCCAAGUGCGCGCGGCAAUGAUUGGCGGAUGCUCGCUCAGAGAUUGCAAGUAGACCGAUACGUCGACUACUUUGCGACGAAAGCGAGUCCAACGGAACAUAUUUUGGACUUAUGGGAAGCCAGGCAUCGCGAGGCCACGGCUCUGGCAGAUUUACUGAAUCAUUUAAGACUGAUGGGACGCGUUGACGCAGCCAACGUACUCGAGAGUCGUUUGGGGCCAUGGAUUUAAAAAAAUUAUGAAAAACCUACACUGUCAUAAGCAAACAAAAUGCAAAUUUAUAACGCAGACAAAGUUUUGAGAGACAAAAGUUUUGUAAAUAGAGUAGCUAUUAUAUGGUAUUAGCAAAAUGGAUGUAGGAACAUAUGUUGUAUAAAUAUUGGUCAUAUUUGUACAUAA